AUGACUGACAACAAUGUUGAUGAAAGUUCGCCUUGGGUUUUAUAUUCUUUAUACAAAUUAGAAUCAUUAGUUAUAACAAACACUGGCUUUUCAAACGCUUCUUACGAUGUUUUCCAUAAUCUAACUCAUCUACGAUCCUUAAACAUUGCCGGUUGCGGUCUCAAAAAGAUUAAAGCAAGUUUAUUCAAAAACUUGAAUCUAUUAACAAACUUAAAUCUUGAUAACAAUGAGUUAGAAAUUAUCAAUAACGAAACAUUCUUGGGCCUAUCUAAUUUAAAGAAAUUAGAUUUAAGCUGGAAUAAAAUUAGACAUAUUCACAACUUUCCAUUCAUGCCAUCGUUAUCGGAAAUAAACUUAUCAGAUAAUCGAAUUUAUUCUGGUUCAGAAAUAAAUUUAGCUAAUUUAACUGGGCUACAAGCCAUUAAUUUAAAGAGCAAUGGAAUCAUUUCUAUUUCCAGCUCUUUCUUCAAGAGCCUACGGCAUUUAUCAAAUUUAACCAUCAUGACGUUAAGUUUUAACAAGAUAAAGUCCAUAGCUGACAAUGCCUUUAUGUUCUUAAAUCUCAAACGCUUUUAUUUAGUUAAGAACGAAAUUUCUCAGAUUGAAGGAAAUGCUUUUGAAAAUCUUCAAAAUCUAGAGAAGCUGGUGUUAAACAGCUGUGAAAUCAAAAAUGUAACCUCCCUAUUUCAUGAUUCAUUAUCUAACUUAAAAUACUUGUAA